AACAAGACACACAUAUAUUGACACCGUAUGAUUUAAGCUAGCUUGGCGGCUCGUAUUCACUCAGUUUCCAGCGUGUGCAUGACGGAGCCCGUUGUAUCUCUGCCACUCAGCUGGGUAGGUGGGGUCACAAAGAGCCAAGAUGGCUGACUUUGAGGAGCCGCUGUCAGAUGAAGAGAAGGUCCGCAUAGCGGCCAACUUUGUGACUCAUGCCCCUCCGGGAGAGUUCAAUGAAGUCUUCAAUGAUGUGCGGCUUCUUCUCAGCAAUGACAACCUUCUCAGGGAAGGGGCUUCACACUCCUUUGCCCAGUACAACAUGGAUCAAUUUACUCCUGCAAAGCUGGAGGGCUACGAUGAACCGGUCUUGAUCACAGAGCACGGUGACUUGGGUCAGGGGCGUUUCCUCGAUCCGCGCAACAAUCUAUCCUUCCGCUUUGACCAUCUAAGAAAAGAGGUGAGCGAUGUGCAGCCAUACGAUGGAGAGAUGACUCUAAGAACUUGGAGGGAUGCCUGUGAUACCGCCCUCAGUGUCUACGUCAAAGAGCACUACCCUACUGGAGUCUGUACGGUUUAUGGGAAAAUGGUUGAUGGACAGCAAACGAUCAUAGCCUGCAUUGAAGGACAUCAGUUUCAACCUAAAAACUUCUGGAACGGUCGCUGUAGGUCUGAGUGGAAGCUCACCAUCGGGCAGUCCACUGCUCAAGUGGUCGGAGUUUUGAAAAUCCAGGUGCACUAUUAUGAAGAUGGGAAUGUACAGCUGGUCAGCCAUAAGGAGGUUGAAGAAUCUAUACCAGUCACUAAUGAAGGCCAGGCAGCGAAGGAAUUUAUUGACAUUAUCGAGAAUGCAGAAAACGACUACCAGACUGCAAUCAGUGAGAACUACCAGACGAUGUCUGACACAACCUUCAAGGCCCUGCGUCGCCAGCUGCCUGUCACACGCACCAAGAUUGACUGGAACAAGAUCCUAAGUUACAAAAUUGGCAAGGAGAUGCAGAAUGCUUAGUGGAGGGCCAGGAACUAACCAGGGAGACGAGCGCUCCCACAGGCCCUUAACGCAUCUAUAUAUACACGCAAGGACUAACCAAAGUAUAACUAUUUCAAUAUGGGGCAAGGAGUCAAUAUUAAAUGGAAAAAAAAAAAACUGUUAGGCACAGAUCUGCUGUAAGAAAGAUGGAAAAGAUCCUUGUUUGAGGGUGUGUUGGGACAGUGUGCAGGGCUGUGCUCAGGACUGCUGCGCUAGCAAAGUAAGUUUCCUUUAGGAACUCUCCAAAGGUCAUUGUGAGGUGUCUCAGUAUUUCUUUGUUUGGCAAAAC